AUGCCGAAGCCACGAAGAACUGUUGCAAGAGAGGAAAAUGUUUUAAUCGUCGACGAGAAAAGCUACAAUCAGAAAGAACAGAAAGAGAAUCACGAUAGAGAUUUGCCAAAGCUAACCGAUGAGCAGAAGAAAGUGUAUGACGAGAUUGUUGGUGCUGUUUUAGAGAGAACUGGAGGUGUGUUUUUUCUAUUUGGAUUCGGUGGAACAGGAAAAACUUUUCUAUGGAAAAUAUUGUCAUCGGCAAUAAGAUGUCGGGGAGAGAUAGUUCUCAACGUUGCUUCAAGCGGUAUAGCAAGUCUUUUGUUACAGGGAGGGAGAACGGCUCAUUCCAGAUGGGAAACCUUUUGGUGGAAAGGUUAUGUCUUUGGAGGUGAUUUUCGACAGGUUCUUCCUGUGAUUCCUGGAGCCGGUAGAGCAGAGGUUGUAUGCUCUGCUCUGAACUCAUCUUAUCUCUGGAAGCACUGCAAGGUUCUCAAGCUAACCAAAAAUAUGCGAUUACUAUCUGACAACUUGACCGCAGAAGAAGCAACUGAUCUAAAGAAUUUUUCUAAAUGGAUUCUUGAUGUUGGGGAUGGUAAGAUAGAAGAACCUAACGAUGGAGAAGCUGAGAUAGAUAUUCCGGAAGAGUUUUUAAUAACUGAUGCAGAGGAACCUAUCGAAGCCAUAAGCAGAGAAAUAUAUGGAGAUGCUUCUGAUCUACAGGACAAUACAGAUCCCUUAUUUUUCCAAGGCAGAGCUAUUCUCUGUCCCACUAACGAAGAUGUCAACAUGAUCAAUGAAUACAUGCUCGAUAAGCUGAAUGGGGAGGAGAGAACCUAUCUAAGCUCUGAUACAAUAGAUCCUUGUGACACAGCCGCUAUUAACGACGAGGCUCUAAGCACGGAAUUCCUAAACAGCAUAAGAGUAGCUGGUUUACCUAAUCACGCUUUGCGACUGAAGGUUGGCUGUCCAGUUAUGUUGCUCAGAAAUAUUGAUCCCAUAGGAGGUCUAAUGAACGGAACGAGAUUGCAGAUAACUCAAUUAGCUGAUUUUAUGGUUGAAGCUAAAGUUAUAACAGGAGAUAAGGUCGGUGUGAAGGUUAUUAUUCCUAGGCUUUUGAUUACUCCAUCGGACACCCUACUUCCUUUCAAGAUGAGGAGAAGACAACUUCCUUUAGCUGUUGCAUUCGCAAUAACCAUCAACAAGAGCCAGGGUCAGUCUUUAUCACAGGUUGGGAUAUUCUUGCCAAGGCCUGUUUUCUCUCAUGGACAGCUUUACGUCGCAAUCUCCAGGGUAACCUCCAAGAAGGGAUUGAAGAUCUUGAUCGUCGACAGCGAAGGGAAGCCGCAGAGGAGAACAACCAAUGUUGUUUUCAAAGAGGUUUUCAAGAACCUCUAA